AUGAAAGAAAGUUUAUUCAUUGUUUGGAAGAGAUAUAUUUUUAAUAAUACAUAUCUUUGUGCUUUUCUUCGUACAAUACACAAAAGCAAUAUGUCAAUUGAUAUAUUAGAAAUGCUAAAGGAAUCAAGAAUGAUAAAAGUAUGUGCACCAAUGGUCAGAUACAGCAAAUUACAAUUUAGGACUUUGGUAAGACAGUAUGAUUGUGACAUUUGCUUCACUCCUAUGAUCUUAGCUGAUUCGUUUGUACAAUCUGAUAAAGCCAGGGAUAAUGAAUUUUCAACAACUAAUGAAGAUAAACCACUAGUUGUUCAAUUUGCUGCAAAAACUGUGAACGAUUUCGUUGGUGCAGCAGAAAUGGUUGCUCCGUACUGUAGUGGUGUUGAUCUGAAUUGUGGUUGUCCUCAACGCUGGGCCAUAAAAGAUGGGUAUGGAGCUGAUUUGCUUAAAAACCCAGAUCUUGUAAAGGAUAUAAUAUAUCAAAUUCGAUCUUUUGCACCUAGUCAAAGAGGAAAGCGUCCAUUACUUUCUGAUAUAUCCAAUAAUGGCUCUUUUUCACCAAUUGUGCCACAAGUAUAUCAGACAAAAAAAAGAAUUUGUCGUAAUAUCAGAGAUGUGAAAAUACCAGAAUAUAAAGCCAUUGCUCUUUCAGCGAAUGAUGCACAAGCAACUCAAGAAGUCAUUUCUGAACAUGAAGAAAGGGUAAAGAAACUUCUCAACAAACCAUUCAAGAUACCAAUUCCUGGUUACCAACUAUCAGGUCGUGCUUUAGGCACACGUUUAUCUGGUCCCCGAAGACCAUUACAUGAUCCUGAUGAAGCUAAUGCUCUUAUUGUUUAUUCACCACCUGAAUUAUCUGAACAUGAUAGACUAAAAUUAGAUCAAUCUAAACAGCUUGUACAUGUUGUGGUUGAUCCUCUGCUAUGUAGUAUUUUAAGACCUCACCAAAGAGAAGGUGUUAAAUUUAUGUAUGAAUGUGUAACUGGAAAACGCAUAGAAGGUGCUUAUGGAUGUAUUAUGGCAGAUGAAAUGGGUCUUGGAAAAACUUUGCAGUGCAUAACUCUUUUAUGGACUCUAUUAAAACAAGGACCUGAAGCUAAACCACUUAUAGAGAAGGCUAUUAUCGUUGCUCCAAGUUCUUUGGUUAAAAAUUGGUACAAUGAAAUUUUUAAGUGGUUGAAAAAUAGAGUACAACCGCUAGCUAUCGAUGGUGGUAACAAAGCAGAUAUCGAUGCAAAACUUACAGGUUUCAUGAAAACGUAUGGUCGUAGAUGUGCUAAUCCCAUUUUAAUAGUUAGCUAUGAAACUUUUCGUUUACAUGCGCAUGUUCUCCACCAAGACGAAGUAGGACUCGUACUAUGCGACGAAGGUCAUCGUUUAAAAAAUUCCGAGAAUCAAACUUACCAAGCGCUUAUGAGUUUGAAAGCUAAAAGAAGAGUAUUACUUAGCGGAACACCUAUUCAAAAUGAUCUUCUAGAAUAUUUUUCUCUUGUACACUUCGUGAAUCAAGGAUUGUUAGGAACUGCACAGGAAUUUCGAAAGAAAUUUGAAAUACCAAUUUUACGAGGCCAAGAUGCAGCUGCAACAGACACCGAACGCAAGGUUGCUCAAGAACGCUUAGCAGAAUUAAUAACUAUCGUUAAUAAAUGUCUCAUUAGACGUACCAGCGCUUUACUUUCUAAAUAUUUACCACUAAAACACGAACUUGUAGUUUGUAUAAAAAUGGGCAAAUUACAAACUGAUCUUUAUAAAAGUUUUGUACAAAGUGAUAGCAUAAAAAAAUCAAUGGAAGAGGAUUCCGAUGGUCCGAAAAAAGGAAGAAGCCUUUCUGCACUUUCUGCGAUUACGCUUUUGAAAAAAUUGUGCAAUCAUCCCGAUUUAGUUUACGAUAAAAUAUUAGGGAAAACUGAGGGAUUUGAAAACGCUGCAAAAUUAAUGCCGUCAAACUAUAAUACUAAAGAAAUUUUACCAGAAUUGUCCGGAAAAUUAAUGGUAUUAGACUGUCUUCUGGCAUCCAUUAAAACAACAACAAACGAUAAAAUUGUAUUGGUGUCGAAUUAUACGCAAACUCUCGAUCUAUUCGAAAAACUGUGUCACAAACGAUGCUACAAUUACGUUAGACUCGAUGGCACAAUGAGUAUUAAGAAAAGGGCGAAAGUAGUAGAAAAUUUCAAUAACCCAGACAGCAGCGAUUUUAUUUUCAUGCUUAGUUCGAAAGCUGGCGGGUGUGGGUUGAAUUUAAUAGGUGCAAAUCGUCUUGUCAUGUUCGAUCCUGAUUGGAAUCCUGCAAACGAUGAUCAAGCGAUGGCUCGAGUUUGGAGGGAUGGUCAAAAGAAACCAUGUUUCGUAUACCGUUUUCUUUGCACUGGUACUAUAGAAGAAAAGAUUUUCCAAAGACAAGCACAUAAAAAGGCUUUAAGUUCAACAGUUGUAGAUCAAGAGGAAGAUGUUGCAAGACAUUUCACGUUGAACGACUUACGAGAUUUAUUUAAACUGGAAGAAAAUACGAUAUCUGAUACUCAUUCAAAGUUCAAAUGUAAACGGUGCAUUAAUGGUAUAGAAGUGAAAGGACCACCAGAGCAAUCUGAUUGCAAUUCUGAUCUAUCAGAUUGGAGGCACGCCCAUAAUCCGCGAAAUUUGCCAGAUUUAUCGCUACGGCAAUGUUGGUCAAGUGGGAUUUCUUUCGUUUUUCAUCAUCGUUCACACGAACAAGUAAAAUAAAAUUACAGUUUGUGCGAUUUUCCCUUUUUAUACUGCUACAUAUGUGAAAGUUAUUCAAUUUUUUAUUUAAUACAAAGAGUAUCUAUGGAAGAAAUGUAUAUUUUUCAAGAGUGGAUGUAAUGUUAAUGUUAAUGCCUCACCUGACAUUGUUUUGUAAAAAUACGUAAUUAUAAGUUACUGUACUAUAUAGAUUUAAAAAAAGUUCGAACAGUAUAGGCAUUUACACAAAUAUAGGAGUACGUAUGUGAAAUAAAUUCCUAUUUACAGAAAUUUCAGAUUAUGUGUGUAUUAAAAAUUUUUAUAUUCACAAAUACUGAUUUCUAAUUUACUAUUUUAUAUGAUACCAUUGAACUAAGUCUUGUUAUAGAUGGUCAUCAACUCGAUGAUAUGAAAAAAAUAUUUGUUUUAUUUUAUUAUAAGGAGUAUGGAAUUAAAUAAAUUAAAAUGCUCAAUUGUAAUCGAGAAAAAGAUUAUUCAUACAAUUCCUCUUUUAUAAGUUUGUAUAGUUUCGCAAUAAUAAUAGAAUCAAGGAAAUGCUCAAACGAGAUCCUUUCCAAUAUGGAAGUAAAUUCUGAAACAUGAUGUUUUCGAUACGAACAAUAUAUUUAUAAGCUCGCUUUCGGGUGAGUUGUGCGUAGAAAACGAAGGGUCAACAGAGGCUUCAGGAAUUUGUUCCACAUAAACAGCGGAACGGCAGAGAAAAGUGGGGAAACGAGAGGAAGUUAGAGUGGGGGAAUAGAAAUAAUGGAAGAGGCAACACGUGACCGAUCAACUCGUUCCCUGAUUGGCGGAGAGCAACGAACUCGCUUUCCCUCCUAACCCGUUGCCGUUCGCUCGCCCUUCUUCCGAGGUUCUGUGCAGCUGCCCGCUCAGAAUAGUUCCAGAUGUGGCCAUGUUUAGUUUGAUCUUUGAAGUUUUCGCUCAUCGUCUCAUAACUGAUACAUUUUUAUACUAUCUGCUGACACAGUAAUACGGUCUGUCCGACCAUCGUAUUUUUCGCCUGCCUGCGGCUAGUCUCGUUCAUAAAUACAUAUGUUCUUCUUUUGCUGGGAUUAAUCUCCAAACGCGGAAGUAACACGAGAGACGUUAAAACGCCUGUAAAUCCAUCGGGAAACAUGAAAUCGCGUCGAGUCCGUGGAUACUGAUACUUUUCGAUAAUUCUAUCGUCAAUAACAGAAGCGCGUCUGAUCGAAUUCGCAGUUGUUUCUACGGCGAGGCCAGAUCAAUUUGUCGUUCCCUUUCUCUCUCUCUCCCAAA